GAAGGUUAUAAGUGGCAUUUGGGCCCCUCUAAUAAGUCAAAAGCUUCUGCUGCCAGGACAUAUAACAGUCCGUCGCAGUACAGAAUGUUUCAGUGUAGAAUUCCUCAAGAAGGAAAAGUAUUACCUGUCCUACUGACGCUCCUCAAAAAUAUCAUCAUAUGUAUCUAUUCAUGUUUGGAGGCUCUGGUAAAACUCUUCAUUCCCAAGAACAGGAAGUCCAUCUCUGGAGAAAUUGUUCUCAUCACUGGUGCUGGACAUGGACUCGGUAGAGCAACAGCUUAUGAGUUUGCCAAACAUCAAAGUGUGCUGGUCCUUUGGGAUAUCAAUAAGCAAGGUGUGGAAGAGACAGCUGAGGAAUGCAGAAAGUUGGGUGCCAUUGUACAUGCAUUUGUAGUGAACUGCAAGAACAGGGAGGAAAUCUACACAGUUGCAGACAAGGUGAAAAAAGAUAUUGGAGAUGUUAGCAUCUUGGUGAAUAAUGUUGGAGUGAUAACCGCAGCCAAACUACUUUCAACCAAAGAUGAGCAGAUCCAAGACAUGUUUGAUGUCAAUGUUCUUUCACAUUAUUGGACAACCAAGGCAUUUCUACCAGCAAUGAUUAAAAAUAAUCAUGGCCAUAUUGUCACGGUUGCUUCCAUUUCUGGAUAUAUUGGUCUUCCAUUCGCAGUGACUUACACUUCAAGCAAGUUUGCAGCCGUUGGAUUCCAUGAGAGUCUGAAAGAAGAGCUACGUUUUUUGGGAAAAGAUGGGAUCCAGAUGACAUGCAUGUGUCCCUCUAUUAUCAAUACUGGAUUUACAAAGAUGAACAAAACACUAAUGGUUCCUGUGUUAAAGGCUGAGGACGCGGCCAAAGAUUUGAUGGAAGGAAUACUUACAAAUCAGAAAAUUGUUUUCUCUCCACCUUGGGCAAAGAUAAUUGUCGUUUCUUCAAAGUUUCUGCCGCAACGUGCUUGCAAUGCUCUUGUGGAUACUGAAAAGAACAACUAUUAUAAGCUGUUACAAUGAACAAAAUACCAGUUAAUUCCACACAUUACUUGACAUAACAUAUAUGUUUUUCUCCUUUUCUUUCUAUGAACAAAUUCAUUCUUAUUUCUAAG